AUGGCGCCUGUCAAUGGAGUCGGAGGCAACUCGGCCAACGCCAAGACCGCCGCAGUUCGGCCCCCCAAUCGAGUUGUCGUCCCUGUGCUGCCCCUCAACUUUCCUCAGCGGCCUGCGAAUAAACCGCCGGCCCCUCCGCCUGCUAUUCCCUAUUCCUUGAUAAAGCCACAGAAUGGAACACGUCCCAAUGAGCAGAAGGCAGCACCGGAUGUGCAAAAACAAAGCCGGGAUCAUUUGAACGGAACCUCGACAUCGCAUGGCCCAAGCCCCACAAAAGAGGCCGAUGCUUCAACUCCCCCCGCUGCUCCUGCUCGCAUUGUCACCACGGCAGAGCAGAUGGCACCUGCCCCGGCACAGGAAGAGCUUGACAAAGACACCCCGACCAUUUCGUCUACAUUCCCCGAUCGUCGCAUGCUCCCGACUACCCGUACUCGACCACCGGGGCUCCCCAACCCGGCAUCCGAGCCCAUGAGCGCAUCUGGCCCGAUUCCUGAAGGUCCCAUUAUGGCCCCACCACCCCCCGCAUUCGUUAACCGACCGGCAUUCCACCAGCCUCACCCUAGUAACGGGAGCUUGGGAUUUAACGGUUUCCACGACUCCAACACGUCCUCGCCUGCCCCUCGUACCAGCGCUGCCUUUGGUCCUCCUCCGGGCCUACUUCCUUACCCCCCGCCCGCUGUUGACGCCUAUGGUCGCCCGGUUCUUGUCUCUCCCGUCGUCGAUGGAUUUCCCCCGAACCAUAUGAACCACCAUGGCCCACCUACACCCCAUAGCUUCCAUGGUUCGCAUUCAUCGGGGCAAGCAGAGGAUCAUGGUUACAACACGUACGGUGCCCCUAAUGGCAAUCCAGCCCACCCCGUUCCAUCGGCCGGGCAAACGACCAUGCCUCCGCCUGGACUGAACCCUCCGAUGAAUGGCACGGUGCCCGCUGCCUCGCCAUCGGCCGCAGCGUAUCAGAGCCUGUGCGACCAAGACGAGGCCUUGUCCUUUCUCCGACACGGCAUUUCGGACGCUACCUUCAACGACUGCGUCCUCGAGGUUCGCUUCUCUGAUAGCCAAGAAUUCCAGGAUCAUCCCAACUAUCGACAGCUGCACCGCGCUCUAAGGACUCCCGGCCACCGUUUCAUCUUCUCCCGUAGCCCUGUUCUCGCCGGAGUCAUGAAGACCCAGGGUUCGAUGCCGGGAAGCAUCAUCUACCUCGACGCCAACGACGAAUACCUGCGGUCGGAUACGUUUUGGUUUUCUCUUCGCACUCUUUACGGCUGGAGCCUCGCCGAUGGUAUUCUGCCCACGGAAUUGGCCCUUCGAGAUGUCGGAGACGACCUCAAGACGGCACUUAGCUACAUUGCGACCGCUCGCUACCUGCAGCUUCCGUGGGUGCGUUCUGUGGCCAUCCACCGUGCCAGCCGCUUAAUCUUUUGGAACACGAUUGAAUCCGCGGCCAAGUUUGUUUCCCGGAUCGUGGCCGUAUCACCCCGGGACGAUGCGUUUGGUAUUUCGGAGUUCUUGGAGCAGGUUCUCGGUUUUAUUGUUCACAACUUCCCCACCGACUUCGUGCUCGACGCUCAGGCUGGCGACUACGGCUUCUCCCGCUUCCCACCCUCCGCGGCCGUGACUCUCAGCCCCAAUGCACCCGCCAUUGCCAAUGGAACAUCGGGUGGACUGCAUAGCAGGCAGUCUUCCCUUAGCCAGACUCAGAUGCCGCGCAACUCGCGCGCGCCGUCAGCAGGCAUACGGUUGUCCCAACUCAAGUUUGGGGACAUGUCGCCGGCCAAGAACGGACAGCAACCUCGCCCUCCUACGACCAACGACACGAUCCUCUCACGGAUCCUCUUGAAUCUGCCAUUCGAGCUCCUAAAGCAGAUUUUGGAGCACCCCAGCCUCGCUAAGCUAUCUGGCGAGCUCGGCCCGAAGGCUCGGCAGUCCAUCAUCGCCCAGAUCAUCGCUGAGCGCGAGGCUAGGCGUCAAGCGGUUUUGGACAAGACCUCGGAUCCUAAGCUGAGGGUCUAUCAGGAACGCGUCGAGAAAUCGACGGUUCCGCUGAUCGUGGGACACAUGGAAGAUUUCUGGGUCAACAACCUGGGUUUCAGAGAGGAGGUAUUUCCCGGUGAUCUUCCGUACCUCGUCCACACCUGGUCGCAGCCAGCUUCGGCUACUUCCAGUGCCUAA